AUGUCGCUGCGGUCAUGGUUCCGUGGCUCGGCCACGACGACACCAAAGUCGUCGGCAGGACCAUCAAGAGCCACAACACCACCGUCGGGAGUUCAAGGGGCCGUCAUGACUGCUGAGCAGCAGGAACUUGCAGAUUUAAGCGAUGCGAUGCAGGCUAUGGCUCAUAUUAUGAACGAUGAUCCGGAGAGUGCGGAGGCUCAUCUGCGACAGCGCAAAGAUCCCAGCUCAUUUCACCUGCUGGGCUUGGGUGUCUCUAUAUUCAUGCGCUCGAUCCUCGGCUUCGAAAAGGACGUCAUGGCUGAGGCCUCGAAAUGCAUUGCUGACUGCGAGACGCGGUCGUGGAACGACAAGGUCAAGGCCGAGAAGCGAGAGCCUGCGACGGACGGCAGACUGUUUCCUAACGGCUCCGAGUUUGCUAUCGUGUACGCUCAGGCGCUGUUGAUGAACGCUGUGGUCAGCGUUCUCCAUGAGAGCCUCACAGAUGCGCUGAAAGCAUUCUAUAAGCUGCGAAAGGCUAUGGCCGUCAUGAGCAGCAUAUCUGCUGCAGAAGAGAAGAUUUUGAAAGAACAAGGCGCAUCUAGCGCUCAGGGUAACCCUUUUGAGCAAUCACCAACAGCUUCCGGCAGCGAGAAGCCGGCAGCAGCAGAAGAUGAAGACAGCGAUCUUGAAUUCGUAGAUGCCGACGAGAAGGUGUCACCUGAAGCCCCGAUACAUGUCACCUAUGAUGGUCACACGAGCACAAAAAGCUCGACAACUCAACCGGCGACUGAGGCGGCGACGUUGGAGAGAAAAUUACAAGCACUUGAAAUACCCGACGACACAGACAGCAAGUCUCAGAUCAGCAAAUCCGCAGUCGAGUCUCAGGUACCGUCGUUGUCGACAUCGCGAGCACCCUCGCCGGGUCCGCCUCCUCAGUUUACGGAUGGAGCCUCCGAUGGCAGUCUCUUCACUCACCCGAUAGACAUCUUUAUUCAUUCCGCAAUCAACAUGUGCUACGGAAGUCUCAUGCUAGUUCUAUCCAUGGUGCCACCCGCAUUUUCACGGCUACUGGGUAUAAUCGGCUUCCGCGGUGACAGGGACAAGGGCCUCCACAUGCUUUGGCAAAGCGCUGCUCACCCAAACAUGAACGGCGCUGUUGCAGGGCUUUUGCUUUUGGGAUACUAUCACGGCCUGCUGGCAUUCGCAGACGUCCUCCCCAGCGAGCGCGACGUGGCGGAGCUUGCGGAACCGGAUGAGAUUGUGGGCUACCCUCGCGGGCGGUGUAUUGAGUUGCUCCGCGUGAUGCGCGAGCGGUAUCCCGCUUCCGGCCUCUGGCGGAUGGAACAGGCUCGGGUUCUCAUCGGCGAGAAAAAGCUCAAGGAGGGCAUCGAGAUGCUUGAGAAGUGCGGCGACGCCAAGAUGAGGCAGGUUACGGCUUUGAGCACCUUUGAAUUGGCCGUCAGCUCGAUAUGCUUCCUGGACUGGCCGCGGAUGCACAGCUCUUUUAUGCGCAUGGUCGAGCUCAACGACUGGAGCCAUGCUCUUUACUACUUUAUUGCCGGUUGCGCCCACCUUGAGAUGUACAGGGAUGCCGUACACGAGCUUGGUGGGCUAUCCGAGCUUUCAGACGAGAGCAGCGAAUUGGAAAAUGACGUCAAGGCAAGCAAUGCGAAGGUGGUCACGGCGACAAAGGAUGGGUUGGAUGUAGAGAACAUCAGGAAGAAGGAGCUUAUUGCCAACGCUCGUAAGUACAAGAAGAGCGCCGAGACUUUGUUCCGAAAGGCACCCACCACGGCCGGCCGCAAGCGUUUCAUGGCUCGACAAAUGCCCUUUGAGGUUUUUGUUAUGCGCAAGGUGGCCAAGUGGGAAGAGCGCGCCACAGCACUCAAAUGCGACCUGGCAGAUGCCAUAGGUCCCAGCCCGGCAGCAGAGAUGAUAUACCUCUGGAACGGCGGAAAGCGCAUGAACCUGGAGCUCAUUGAGAAGGCGAUGACAAUAUUGGAGUGGGACAGGUGUACGUCGAGUGCGACGGUUGCCAAGGUCAAGGAGGAACAUGACGAGGUUGCAAUCUAUAGUGUUGGGCAGGCCGCGCUCCUGAGACAUGCCGGACGGGGCGAUGAGGCCAAGGAGAUAUUGCUGGAAAUUUCGGCCUAUGAUCGUGCCACAUGCAAAGGUGGAAACAAGGAUGACUAUAUCCUUGCAUCGGCCACGUACGAGCUGGCAAUGCUAGCCUGGGACGACGUCUGCCGGCCAGAGCGAUGGCCAACGGACGCCGACGAGGUGGAAGAGUUCCGGCGCAAGAAGACGGUGGAAUGUCACGCUCUGCUCGAGACGGUGGCCAAGUGGGAAACAUAUGUUCUCGAUGCGCGGUUUGGCAUGCGCGUGCAGACUGGACUCGUCACGGUCAAAUGGCUCAGCGAAAAGAAGGGGUGGACAUUGUGA